AUGACUUCGACUUCUACAGCUGUCGCAUCGAUGGCGACGCCGGGAUCGUUGGAGGCUGUGGUGCUGAAUAGCACGAAUUAUUAUCGGCAGCUGUAUCAUGCAGAGCCGUUGGUGUGGAACGACACAAUGGCAGCUUACGCCGAAAACUACGCAAGAGGUUGCAUUUGGAAACACUCAGGCGGACCCACAGGCGAAAACCUCGCCGCCUCCUUCUCAAAUUCGACCCUUGCAAUCGACACCUGGGCGGCCGAAGAAAGCAAGUACAACUGGAAAAAGGCCAAAUUCACACACGACACCGGGCACUUCACGCAGCUGGUCUGGCGGAACACGACGUCUGUCGGGUGUGGGCUUGUGGCGUGUGAUAACGAUGCGGAGGGCGGUGUGGAGGGUGAUUAUCUUGUUUGCGAGUAUUGGCCGCCGGGGAACUAUAAGGGUGAUUUCAAGAAUAAUGUUGUCAAGGGUGGAGUGGAUGGGGAUGGAAGUCCGAGUUUGGGGGCUGCGAGUGGUGGGAGAGGGAAGGUGUGGAGGAUGGGUGUGGUGCUGGGAGCGGCGGGGUUUGUUGUUGCGAUGUUGGCGUGA